AUGACCACCAUGAAACUAUUAACGCUUUUUAGUAUAUUUGUGUCAGGCUACAUUUGCGAGACUACGCUAGAUUGGAGGGACAAGAAUGUAAGACUACCAGUGCACAACCAGAGCCAAUGUCUGAGUGCGGGAACAGUGAACGUGUUGGACAUGAUUAGCGCCAUUCGCUCAUUAAAAACCGGUAAAUCACUGGAGCCUAUGAGCGCACAGGAGGUGUUUGAUUGCAACCCCGAUUGGUGUAUAUGUAAUACUACUAUCAGCGCCUACGAUAUCAUACAAUCCAUAUAUGAUAAUAUAGGAAUGGGACUUGAUUUGAAAAGGGAUCACCCGUUCACCGGCCAGUGCGCCCAUACAUGUAAUUUAACAAUAAUUGCCAAAACAGCUUUUAGAUGGGAAUACGCCGGUUGGAGUGACCCGUGGCUACCCUAUGAUCAGGAGGAAGAUCUGAGUCUUUUCUUAGAAAAAGGACCGGUAGUUGUGUACACAAAGUCCAGUUCCCGUGUAUUCCAGACAUACGCCGGCGGUAUACUCGACAGCCAUGAGUGCAAUACUACCGGCCCUUUUGAUCACAGCCUACUUCUGGUGGGAGAGGGUGUCGACAAUGGGACCGACUAUUGGUUGGCUAGAAAUAGUUACGGUGAGGGUUGGGGUGAAAAGGGUUACAUACGACUGGCUAAAGGCUACAUUUGCGAGACCACGUUGGAUUGGAGGGACAAGAAAGUAAUACUACCAGUGCACAACAAGAGUGAAUGUCUGAGUGCGGGAACAGUGGACGUGUUGGACAUGAUUAGCGCCGUUCGCACAUUAAAAACCGGUAAACCACUGGAGCCUAUGAGCGCACAGGAGGUGUUUGAUUGCAGUGAGUUUGACCAUGACCCCAGUUGGUGUAUAUGCAUUAACACUACUGUCACCGCAUACGACGUGGCACAAACCAUAGAUGAUAUUAUGGCACUGGAUGUGGAAAGGGAUCACCCGUUCACCGGCCAGUGCGCCCAUACAUGCGAUGCAUCAAAAAUCUUCACAACAGGCUUUCGCUUUCUGAACGACUUUACAAUAUUGGAGUUACCCUGGGAUGAGGAGGCAAACCUUAUCGAUUACUUGGCAACGGGACCACUGGUUGUGUACACAAAGUCCAGUUCCCAUGUAUUCCAGGCAUACGCCGGCGGUAUACUCGACAGCCUUGAGUGCAAUACUACCGACCCUUUGGAUCACAGCCUACUUCUGGUGGGAGAGGGUGUCGACAAUGGGACCGACUAUUGGUUGGCUAGAAAUAGUUAUGGGGAGGAUUGGGGUGAAAAGGGUUACAUACGUCUGGCUAAAGGUAAAAAUGUGUGCGGGGUCGGUUUGGGAUAUGUACGU